GGGUUGUUCUAGAUGCACACAAUAAAUUCCAGCUGCAAUAUCAUGUAUGGAUGUUCGUAAACGCGGAUAAGAUUGGUAUGUUGUUUGUUUGUCCAUUGGUUCGCGUCUUUUCCACAAAAAUUCUCAUCCACGUUUGCCCUCAUAAUUCAAGGAAAGUUCCCGAAUAAAUCGAUUUUAUCACAGGAAGAAUCGUAAUCUUAUUUGGGUCGGAUGAAGUUACGUGUCACAGCAGUGACUGGAUCUUCACUUGGAAAUUCUUAAAUACAUAUCAAUAAACAGUUGAGUUCUUCUUCUUUUAUAUAAUGGUUUGGUCAAUUGAACGAGAUGAUGCUUAGCUUUGGGUAUUUGAAAGUAUUCAAUUAACUGGUGGGCUUGACCUGGAGGUAAGUAUUAGAGUGUCUUUCCUCGGUUCAUAAGAUGCAAGGCCUGGUUGCUGUUGGUAAGACAAGUGGAAUUUUUAAGCCUACCAGUGGAUUGAUAGCUGGUUGCAAACUGAGCACUAGUGGCUCAGAUGCUAGACUGCAUGUCUCCUGUGGGCUUAACAACUCCGGUUUCUUCAAUGCCCCCAACAAGGACCAUCUUUCAAUAUUUCUUCCAAAUCACAGAGGAAAGCCAUCAUUUGGACGGAGUACAAGAAAAAUAAAUAUUUGUGUGAGAGCUGAUGGGAGCCAAGAUAAAACUUCUGGCAGUAUUUUCCCACUUGAACUGGAAUCACCAACUGGCCAGUUUUUGUCUCAGAUUCUGAGCAGCCAUCCUCAUCUACUCCCUGCUGCAAUUGAACAGCAGCUAGAGACACUUGCAGCUGAUAGGGAUGCUUCUGCAGAGCAGGAACUGCCUUCAACAAGUGGCACAGAUAUUGUAUUAUACAGGAGAAUUGCAGAGUUGAAGGCCAAAGAGAGACGCAAGGCCGUAGAAGAAAUCAUCUAUGCUCUUAUUGUUCAGAAAUUUAUUGACGCUGAUGUUUCACUGAUACCAUCAAUGUCAAUGCCUGCUGAUCCUUCUGGGAAAGUAGAUACAUGGCCAAAUCAGGACACAGAGCUUGAAGCCAUGCAUUCUACAGAGGCUCUGGAGAUGAUAAGAGAGCAUCUAUCUCUUGUUCUUGGAAAGCGCAAUGCAAUAUCGGAUUCAACUGCUGUUGCUCAAAUUAGCAAGCUGCGAGUUGGACAAGUUUAUGCCGCAUCUGUUAUGUAUGGUUAUUUUUUGAGGAGAGUUGAUCAACAUUUUCAACUUGAGAAGAGCAUGAAGAUGCUUCCGUUUGGGUUGAAUGGAGAUAUUGAUGCAGAACAGUUGAUGAGUACACACCCAGAAUUAGAAGAUGAUAGAUAUCAAGAUAAUUCUGCUUCACAAGGUUCUGCAGCAGCAGCUGCAGCACUUGCAGCAAUGGCUGGUGCAGUAGCUCCUGCAGGUCCAGAUUUUAAUCCUAUAGUUUUUGGUGAGUAUGGGGCUAAGCCCUGUAAGUUGAGGGCUUAUGUCAUGUCAUUUGAUCCCGAGACAUUGCAGAGGUAUGCUACAAUGAGGUCCAAGGAGGGCGUGAACAUCAUUGAGAAGCAUGCAGAGGCCUUGUUUGGGAGACCUGAAAUUCGGAUUACACCUGAUGGGUCAAUGGCUGUUGCCAAGGAUGAGAUAAUAAGGAUAAGCUUUACAGGCUUGAACAGUUUGGUGCUAGAGGCUGUCACCUUUGGGAGUUUCCUGUGGGAUGUCGAGAGUUAUGUUGAUUCAAGGUACCAUUUUGUUAAUAAGUAGAUUUAAGAGUUCUACUUUCUCUAAUGCGUGCAACUCCAUGGCUUGCAAUGAUUUUGGGAGCUAUGGAACUCCAAAAACAGACAGUGGUUAAUCUGAUAAUGACGCAACAUGUCUUGAGAAUAUUUUGCCUACUUGUAUAAUGUAUAUGAUGGGAGGUCAUCUCUUGUAUCUCUUAGCUUUUUGGUUACAUGUUGACAAGGUAGUGAUGCAUUCAACAAAUCUACUCUCUCGUGAUUUCUUCUUCCAAGCGACCUGGGAAACAUGACUCUUGGAAUGAAAAUAAUACUCAUCCCAGACGGCUAAAUGGGUCAUUUGAUGGCCUUAGAAUCUGAGUUCGAAUUUGCUUAGCAAUCGACAUUUCUGUUAAUAUCAGAGUUUAUUAAUAGACAACCCUUUGCUUGUA